AUGUUCGGUUCCCGGUUCCGGAACCGAGAACCGCGGUUCUGGAACCGAGAACCACGGUUCCGGUUCUCGAGUUAGAACCGAACCGAAAAGAACCGCGAUUCCGGUUCUCGACUUAGAACCGAAGCGAAAAGAACCGCGGUUCCGGUUCCCAACUUAGAACCGAACCGCGGUUCUCG